AUGUCCUUCCCCGACGGCCAGUUCAUCAUCCGCAACCGCGAAAACGGCCGCGUGCUCGACGACAAGGACUCUUCCCCCGACGCCGGCAAUCCUAUCAUUGACUAUAACUAUAAACCGAGCAACAACGACAACCAGCGCUGGACCUGCCAGGACCGCCGCCUCGUCAACGUGCGCUCAAACCUCUACCUCACCUUCAAAAACCUCCAACCCGAGUCUACCGCCACACAGGAGGGCUACUGUGGCGAUGGCCAGCAAUUCCAGUACGAUCCAAACAUGGGCACCAUCAGCCUUGUCAAUCAUAACGACCGGGUCGUCGGUGCGUGGGACCAAGACGUCAAGAUUGUGACACCCGAUCCUGGUGAUCCUGCCCGCCGCUGGGACAUCCAGCGUAUUUAG